AUGAUUGGAAGACGAAGCGCCUGCUUGCAGCUAUGUCUCGUUUUUGUCAUCGUCAUGAUGCUCGGUGUACGGGGAAGUUUCCAGAGUGAGGUUGGUGUCGCGCAUCUCGUGAAUGAUAUGACCGCCGAGCUAAUCCCUGUCUUCAUCCAGAACCGAAACGAACCUGCCACCGAACAUCUCGCACGCCGCGGUCUCGCACAAUCACCAGUCGGAGACGACUUCUACGCCUCGGAUGCCUUGAGCGCCCAUCAGCCAGAGUACCCCAACAACGUCGCCGUCAUCAUAGAGACAGACACCUCCCGCGUGCCGAAUCUGGUGCCCGUGAUGCUGCAUUUUGCGACGGUCUUGGGACCCUCCUGGCCUUUGGUGCUCGUGACGCUCGAGGCGACUUGGAAGCCACCGUCCUCGCCGGCCUUCCUGCGCCUCGUGGACAGCAAUCAGAUCCGGAUCAAGUUCCUGCCACCGACGACGGUCAUGACCGACCACCACUCCGUCUCCGUCUUCCUCGCGUCGCCCUGGAUCUGGGAACAGUUCAAAUCCGCGCACCGCGUCCUGCUGUUCCAAGCCGACAGCAUUCUGUGCUCCAAGUCGACGUCGCGAAUCGAAGACUUUAUCGAAUGGGACUUGAUCGGCGCUCCCAUCGCGCCUCAGUUCGGCCAGGGAUACAACGGAGGUCUGUCGCUGCGGAAUCCGAAGUUGAUGUACGAGAUCACGACCGACCCGAACACGACACUGGGCAAUGACUUUGAGGAUCAGUGGUUCAACGCCAGGGUCAAGGAACGCAAUGGGAAGCUGCCGAGUGCCGAACAGGCCAUGAAGUUCGCGGUGGAGACCAUUUAUUACGAGACACCGUUGGGAUAUCACCAGCCGCUUCGGUGGCAGAAGGAGAAUAUCGAGAAGAUGGCAGAGUGGUGCCCUGAAAUUGGGCUGCUGAAUAGCGGCGCACACUUUUUCCACCGUUGA